UCUGAAAAAAACAUAUGGUCUCUCACCAUAUAUAAAUCAGUCCCUAAACCCCACCGCUCACAGAGCGAGAGCUAUCCCAUCUAUUUCUUCGCCUUUUACUUCGAGUUUCGGAUCUCCAUUUCUCGCGCAACCAUGGGCAAGGGUCCUGGCCUCUACUCUGAUAUCGGCAAGAAAGCCAGAGAUCUUCUCUACAAGGAUUACCAGAGCGACCACAAAUUCACCAUCACUACCUAUUCUCCCACUGGAGUUGCUAUCGCCUCAUCAGGAAUAAAGAAAGGAGAUCUGUUUUUAGCUGACAUUAACACCCAACUGAAGAAUAAAAACAUCACAACUGACAUCAAAGUGGACACGGACUCCAAUCUUUUCACAACCAUUACAAUUGAUGAACCUGCUCCCGGUCUGAAGACAAUUUUCAGCUUAAGAGUUCCUGAUCAAAGGUCUGGCAAGGUGGAACUCCAAUAUUUGCAUGACUAUGCAGGGAUAAGCACCAGCGUUGGGUUGACUGCAAACCCUAUUGUUAACUUCUCUGGUGUUAUAGGAACUAAUCUUGUUGCACUGGGCACAGAUCUCUCAUUUGACAGCAAGACUGGGGACUUCACUAAGUACAAUGCUGGAUUGAGCUUCACCAAUGCAGACUUGAUUGCUUCGUUGACUCUGAAUGACAAAGGUGAUACCCUGAGUGCGUCCUAUUAUCAUUCAGUGAAUCCCUUGAGCAACACAUCUGUUGGUGCUGAGGUUACUCAUAGCUUUGCAACCAAUGAGAAUACAAUCACUGUUGGUACACAGCAUGCAUUAGACCCAUUGACCUCAGUGAAGGCACGGGUGAAUAAUCUUGGCAAGGCUAGUGCUCUCCUCCAGCACGAGUGGCGUCCUAAGUCACUUUUCACCAUUUCUGGGGAGGUAGAUACCAGGGCCAUUGAGAAGAGCGCCAAGGUUGGACUGGCUCUGGCUCUCAAGCCAUGAGUGUGCUGCCCUUUUAUUGUGUGGAGCAUUCAGGUAGGUAUGAGGAGUUUAGAAUAGUUCUGAGAGUGUUUAUGGCUGUAACUUUUAAUUUCUCUUUCGGUGGUUUUGAAUUGUAAAAUAAAUAUUAGAUGGUGUUACAAACCAAUUUGCGAAUUGGGUUCCCACAAUCCCGCCACUCAUUCAACAGGGGAUGAAUAGCUGUUUUGAUUU